GGUUCAUUCAUUCAUUGGUCGCCAUUGUGGUUUACUUUGUUUUGUCAAAUUCUAAAAACUAAAUCAUAUAAUAAUUCAGUUAUUAGUGUUAAAUAUUAGAUUAUUGUAUUGCUUUUAAAUGAAGUCGGUGCUAUUAGCAUUCUAAAUAAUAAUUUAUAUGAUAAGUAUAGUGUUAUAAGUAUUAUAAUGUCAGAAGUAGAAGAGUUCAAUCAGCAAAAGCCCGCGAAGACGGGAAAGCAGCAUAACAUAUUACCAAUAUGGGGUAAUGAACAGACUAUGAACCUGAACCCACUAAUAUUAGCGAAUAUACAGGGCUCUAGCUACUUCAAAGUGCACCUAUUCAAGUUGAAGACCUACCAUGAAGUGGUGGACGAGAUUUACUACCAGGUGAAGCACCUAGAGCCGUGGGAGCGAGGGAGCCGCAAGACUGCGGGCCAGACGGGCAUGUGUGGCGGCGUGCGUGGUGUAGGUGCUGGUGGCAUUGUGUCAACAGCAUUCUGCCUUUUGUACAAAUUGUACACUCUGCGUCUGACUCGCAAGCAAGUCAAUGGCUUGUUACAACACUCUGACUCACCCUACAUCAGAGCUCUUGGAUUCAUGUACAUACGCUACACACAGCCUCCUGCAGACCUGUUCGACUGGUAUGCCGACUACUUGGAUGAUGAAGAAGAGAUAGACCCGCGCGCGGGAGGCGGCGGCACUUCGACCAUUGGUGCUCUCGUGCGACAAAUGCUCAUCAAGCUUGACUGGUUCAGCACGCUUUUUCCCAGAAUACCUGUACCUAUUCAGAAGCUGAUUGAACAAAAGUUAGCCGAGCACAACAGGAACACGGCACCGGCGAAACCUCCGGUGGCCAACUUCCGUGGCCAGUGUAGCAGUAAUGGCGGCAAUAGUGGUGCGGGCGCGGGACCAGGAGCAGCGACGAAUUACAACCCGACUCGGGUCGACGCGGACCGCAGGGAACAUGACGAUAGAGACAGGCGUGACUACGGUGACAAUGAUAGAUAUACAAAAGACAAAACGAGACGCGACGACCGCGAUAGAGAGCGUGACCGCGACAGAGAUCGUGAACGUGGCGAUCGUGGCGACCGCGACCGAGAGCGGCGUUCGCGGGACCGCCGUGACCGGCACCGCGACCGCUCGCGGUCACGUGACCGCCAGCGGCACAGGUCGCGCUCCAGAGAUCGCCGCUACAGAUAAUAUUGCUUGAUGCCUAAAAUGGUUAUAAUGUGUCUUUAUGAAUGAAAACUAUGAUGUUCUGAAAA